AUAAGGACUGUUGUUGUGAGUAAAUCCUUCCUUUAUACACAAGUUCUGCUAAGCUGUGGGGAGUUUUAAAAACCCAUUGAAAAGACUGCACACGUGAAGAAGAGUUUAUUGGGAAAACUUGUAACAGGAAAUUAAGAAACAUGUCUGCCGGAGUUCAAGUCAGUGAGGAGGUUUCUGGGGUAAAGAAGGAGGAAGUGUAUGAGGCAGCAAAGAAGAUGAUGGGGAGGGAAUUUCAGCAUGUGCUGGCAUCCCUCCUCCAAAUCCUCCCCGACUACGAAGAAAUUCUGGUAAAACAUAUUAGAUUUUAUUCACCUGUUAGUUUCAAAUGUCUGAUUAUAUUGCAAAUCUUAGCUACGCAUUAUUGCACGAGGAACUUGCUAUAGAACUAAUUCUUAACGCAGACUCCUUAAUAUGGACAAUAUGUAUUAAAUAUCAAUACACGUUGUAAUUGACAAUAUAGAGUGUAAAAUAUUUGUCUCAGAAUUCAAAUCUCUUUACUGUCAGCUGUAAAAAUAGUCACUGAUGUCCUAAAUGUAUGGUAUAUCAUGUUAAUUUCACUACUGUGUAUAAAAUCUCAUAAAACAUGACAUUUCAAUAUGUCACAUUUGCAGGUCACCUGUCAUAUUUAUGUAAAAUCAUUUUGGCAAAAUGCCAUUAUUCAUGGGUUCUGAGAAUUGUGAGCACUUGUUGUACAUCAUUCUUCUAGUCCAAAUCUUUAAUUCUCAUAUAAUGGUUGUCAGAAAACGUGUAGAAAAGUGGAUUUUAGUAAGACAACAUGUGUUUGUUUACUGUGUACGUCAGAAGUUUGGUGUGUCAGUCACCUUGAAUUUGAUUGGCUGAUGCAAUGGGUGUGUUCUGAAAGACGAUUUCUAUAGCAAGGCAGAAUAUUGAUAAUAAACAAAGUCAAUUUAAAUAUUUGCAAAAUUCUGAAAUGAAAUUUGACAUAGUUCUUUAUGUAUAAUGAGAUGAAUAUAACAUAUAAUAUAUAUAUAUAUAUAUGUAAGUAAUAGAUGCCCAUCAAUUUUUAUGAAAUAGAUAUUUUGCAAUGUUUUUUAUGAAAAUUGCAUGCUGUUGUUAGAGGCUUUCAAAGCAUGGAGGUGGUUGACCUUUUUCAUGAAUUAAUUGCCUUUUCUGAAGUGUUUUUAUUAUCGGGUAUAUGUAGUACAUAAGAUGAGAUUGAAGAUAUGAUAUUACAUCAAGAAUCUUUUAUGAUCGUGAUUCUGAUGAUUAAGGCAAAAUAAAAUUUCUCAGUGUCGUGUAGCAUGCAAUAUAAGUUAAACUUGGGGGAGAAAGUGUUGGCGUCAUGAAAUAUGAUUAAAGAUGCUUGGGAAUUUGAUAAGCAAUAUAGACUUAUGUAUUUGACAUUCUUGAAAGUUUUGAUUGAUGUUUGCGUGAUUUCAUAAAGUUGUAAAAUUUAUAAUAAGGAUAUUAUUUUGUUAACAACUAUGUGCAAACUUAAUAGUAACACGAAUUAUUGACGUAAUAAGUCAAUUAAACGGGGGUGGACGAUCAGAUCGUAGCUGAAUGAUGUGAACUCACAGGAUAUUAUGUUUCCUGUUUACAUCAAAUCCCGAAACUUAGAUUUACAUUGUUUACACACAUGUGCUGCUGAAAAGUAUGAAAUUCUCAGUUUUUGUUUUAAAUCUUGAAUCUAUGGAUAAUUAAUGAAACUUGACUGCAAAUUGUCAAUAUUUUAAAUCAACAAUUAAGGAACAGCAUUCUACUUGGCUGACUGGUUUUGACUAACUUUGAGUUACGUCAUUCAGGAUUUUCCUUAAACUUUAAAACUUUGUGAAGUGUAUUACGAAAAAGAAACGGGGUGUGUUUGGUGCAGUUUCAGACACUCUUGCACAUUUUCAGUUGUGUUUGUAAAAUUUACAAACAUUGAACAUGGAUUCAUUUUCUUAAUAACCAGGAAGUGAUGCAGAAAGUGACAAGAUAGCAAAAUUUCACUCGUGACUAGUUUUGAACUUUGAACUUUUUCAAAAGGCAGGAAUGCCAGGAACAGAAGAUAUCCCCAAACGAACAUCUUCCAAACGGACUCGCACGGUAGAAAACCUUGUUCGGCCAUUCAUUCUCAAAGAUGAAGACUACAAACGUCUCAUGGAUAUCAUGUUGCAAGAGUUCAACAAGGGACUGGGCAAAGAGACGAACCCCACAGCAAAGGUCAAAAUGUUCCCCACCUAUGUCAGGGAUGUUCCUGAUGGUUCAGAGGAUGGAGAUUACCUAGCACUCGACCUGGGCGGGACAAAUUUCCGUGUCCUCCUCAUUAACCUCAAUGGUCAGGAAGUUACCAUGGAGAGUAAAAUCUACCUAAUUCCCCAGCACAUCAUGACUGGCACCGGUGAACAAUUAUUUGACCACAUUGCAGAAUGUAUCCACAAAUUCAUGACAAAUCACAAUCUGCUGGAUAAGAAGAUCCCCCUGGGUUUUACGUUUUCCUUCCCUUGUAAACAGAUGGGUUUGAACCACGCCGUUUUGACGCAGUGGACGAAGGGAUUCAAGUGUGAAGGAGUGGAGGGAGAAGACGUGGUCAGACUUCUUCAUGAAGCCAUCAAACGGAGAGGGGAUAUUGACGUUGAAUGCCUAGCUGUGAUAAAUGAUACUGUGGGGGCGCUGAUGUCGUGUGCGCACAGUGACAGAGAAUGUGCAAUAGGUCUUAUAUUGGGAACAGGAACUAAUGCCUGUUACAUAGAGAGACUAGAAAAUGUGGAAUUGUGGGAUGCUGACAAUGAUGAGCCCAAACAGGUUAUGAUUAAUACUGAGUGGGGGGCCCUAGGAGAUGACGGUAGUCUAGACUUCGUCAAAACGGAAUACGACAGGCAGGUGGACAAACACUCCAUUAACCCUGGCAGACAAACGUAUGAAAAAAUGAUCUCUGGUAUGUACAUGGGAGAAAUUGUCAGACUGGCUCUGGAGAAACUACGAAAAAAUGGACUUUUGUUUAAUGGGAAGGGAUCAGAAGAAUUGUCCACCAGAGGGCGCUUUUACACCAAAUAUGUUUCAGAAAUUGAAAGUGAUGUUGAUGAUCACUUCAAGAAUACCAAACAAGUGUUUGACGAGUUAGGUCUAGAGAAAUAUUCAGAUGAGGAUUGUAGAAUUACGCAGUAUGUCUGCUCUCUGGUGUCAACAAGAGCUGCUUUCUUAGCAUCAGCAGGUAUUGCUACUCUUUUGAACAAAAUGGGUCGACCAGAUGCGACGGUUGGCGUUGAUGGGUCUCUGUACCGUUUCCAUCCCCACUUCCAUGACCUCAUGAUGGAAAAGACUGAACAACUCCUCUCACCGGGAAUUAAGUUCAAGCUUAUGUUGUCACAUGACGGAAGUGGAAAAGGUGCUGCCAUUGUAACGGCUGUCGCUAACCGACUACGAGAUUCUGGUAAAAGCAGUAUAGGAGAAAACGCAGUAGAAAACUAAAGAUUACAUUUCUGUUCCAUUGAAAACACCAAAAAAUCAAACUCGACUACAAAUUUCAGUGGAAUCAUGUUCCCCACAAAUGGUAGAGCUGGAUGCAGUUGUAGAAUGCUUCCUGCAUCAGAAAUUUUAAAAGAUCUUCGUUCAUAGUAAUUGUCUGGGCGUACACUUGCUUUCAUUUAUGGUUUUAAGAACUCUAAGGUAUCCGUUUAAAGUGAUUGUUGGAACUGUGUGAGACUUAAUGGCUGAUAAAAAAAAGCAAUAUCUUUUUAUUGCAUUUGGACGUGGUAGCUAUUUUAUGGAAAUGCACUCUAUGCUCAGAGAUCUCAUAUGAUAUGCAUAAAUGAAUGCAUUGCUUGCUAUGAAAGGAGAUGUACACGAAAUAUAUCGGGAUAAAGUGUAAUUUUACUCUGUUUCAGUGAAUGAACAGACAGCCAAAUAGUACAUCCAAAUUAAAUCUUAACAGUUUGUUUCCAUUUUUAUCCAUAAAAUUGAUUUAUUUAUACAAUGUUGUUUUAUCAUUUUCUAUUGCUAUACAUAUAUUUUAUGACGAAAAGAUGUACAUUAGCAGCUUUUAGUUUAGAUUAAAAUAUUGUAUGUAUUUAAAAUAAAUGAAAGAAUGAGGUGCAAGUACUUACAACAAUAGAAUGGUGAAAGAAAGAGAGAGGGUUUACAGUUUUGGAUACAAAAAGUUAUAUGCACUAAAUGUACCAAGACUUCCGUGUCUAGAGAAUAAGGAAAGAACUUCCAUUAUGUUUGAAACCUCCAUUGCACUCUGCUUUUAGUUAAUGAUAAGAAAAUCACACAGUUCACAUUGCUUUGCCAUAUUUUAAAGAUGGACAUUACAGAGAGUAGUUUGGUAUGUUUAAUCUACCUCCAUGUUUGCCCUUCUCCCUGAAUGACAUAAAUUAAAAAAAUAAACAAAAAAAUGGACUAGUUUAAUAUUGGGCUUUAGUGAGUUCAUCUCCUCUGUAGCUGGUUUGCUUUUUUUCUUUGUCAAUCAUUCAAGAGAGUAUCAUGGUGUUGAUUAAAUUUUCAUUUUAAAAACACCAAUCUUGAGCAUUUUGUCAUAAUAUAUUGAUCAACACCAAGUACCGUAAUGCAUCUUACUGGAAGAGCUUAAUCUCAAUCUGGGGCAUUAAACUUUGUAAAUAUUUUUGGGGGGAAAUGAGUUGGGAAUUUUAUUUUUGUUAAUAUAGAAAACCUAAAAUUGUGAUAGAUAAAAUGUACAGCUGCUUUGUAACGCGGGCCCUCAGAAUGUCUGAUUACCAUAAAUACGUGUAAUGUUUAGGGUACCAGUAGUUUUGGAGCCGGUGCUUUGUAUUUAAAACUGGAGUUACAUACAAUACAAUCUCUUUUUAUGACAUAUUUAAUGUAAUUAUUGAAACUGAUUUAACCUUGCAAUUAUCCCUCUCAGCAGAAAAAAGAAAACAGACCUUGAUCCACCUCGAUUUUCCACAUAAGCCUCUUCUGUGUUCAUUUGUUUGAGUCAUCAUAAAAAGAUGACAUUUGUUAUAAUUUGUAUACAUGCUGUGUAAAAUUAAACAGAAAAACUGAAUCUCA